AUGUUUUUCUCAGAUUGGUCGGGAAUACUGUGGCAGGUGGAAUAUCAUUUAAUGAAUCGUCGCACCAUACCAAAAGAUUCCGUAAUCAUUUUACAAGCGGGUGGAUUAGCAGAGCUAAUGAUAUUGCAACAAAAGAAUAACGAUGAAUCGAUGAUUAGUGUCAUCGAUAAAAUUAAUGAGAAUAUAGCACAUGCUGUAUCGGGUUUGAUCAAUAAUGUUGAUAAUGGUAAUAUAAUAAUUAUGAAUUUGAUUGAUCCAUAUGAAGCGCCAGGUUAUGCGACAUUUACUUCAGUUGGAAAUAAUCAUUUGGAUAUGUCUUCGGUGGUUUCACAUAUCAAUUCAAAACUUUGGAGGUUGGUAACAACCGAAGGACAUGAAAAUCGACAAGUUCGCCUUUUCGAUUUAAACGUAGCCAUUGUUGAUGCUAUGCGAGGGUUGAACACAAAUGAACCAUUCACGUACCAGCAAAGUAAUAUGACAUCAUUAAAGGUAUUUGAUUAUGCUUAUCACAAUCAAUGGAAUCCAUCAACAUUGGUACAUCAUAAAAUUGCCCAAAAAUUGGUCAAAUUUCUGGAAGAUUUAUGA